UUUCAACUUCUUCUUCCCUUCUCUCUCAUAAUUAAAUAUAUAAAAAUAUUCUUUACAAGUUUUCUGUUCUGCUUUAAUGGCUCGACAAAUCUCUUUUAUUCAUCUGUUCUCUAUUUUUAUUGUUCUUUCUUUCACAUCAGGUAAUAUUGGCGAUCUGCUCUUAAAGGGGUCUCUCUAAAUCUUAAGCUUCAUUCAGUUAACGGGUGUUAUUGAUCUCCUUCUUCUAUUUGCAGGUGUUGUUUCAACUACCUACACAAUAACAAAUAAGUGUAACCAUACGGUAUGGCCAGGCAUUCUCUCAAACGCUGAUGCGCCAGCGCUCUCCACCACCGGUUUCGAACUCCAAAAGGGUGAGACCAAGACCAUCUCCGCACCUACUUCAUGGGGUGGCCGCAUGUGGGGUCGAACCUUUUGCUCUGAAGACUCCACUGGAAAGUUCUCUUGCUUAACGGGUGAUUGCGGCUCUGGUAAGCUAGAAUGUUCAGGUGGCGGAGCUGCUCCUCCGGCUACACUGGCGGAGUUCAAGCUCGACGGCUAUGGUGGGAUGGAUUACUUCGAUGUGAGUCUUGUACAUGGGUAUAAUCUCCCUCUGCUGGUCGUGCCUCAGGGUGGCUCCGGGCCGAAUUGUUCAAGCACCGGCUGCGUGUUGGACUUGAACGGCUCGUGUCCUUCGGAGCUCAAGGUUACGAACUCCGCCGGCGACGGCGUAGCUUGCAAAAGCUCGUGUGAAGCUUUCAGGCAACCACAAUAUUGUUGCACUGGCGCGUAUUCUACACCCGACACUUGCAAGCCGUCCUCUUACUCUGAGAUGUUCAAGAGCGCGUGUCCACACGCCUACAGCCACGCGUACGAUGACCGGACAAGUACCUUCAAAUGUACCUCGGCAAAUUACAUUAUCACCUUCUGCCCAAGCCAAACCACUAGUCACAUAUGGGCUCGCAGGGAACUGCAUCGGAAAGAAAGAUUCUCUCCGCCGGACGGCCAUUGAAAGGGGUGCUCUCCAACGCCUUUAGCAAUCUACGGCAUUCCUGGAUGGAAAAAAAAAAAAGAAAAUAAAAGAAUUUUCGCUAUCCACUUGUAAAUGCGUACUUAGUCAUAUUUAAAGAAAUAUAUAUUUCGUAGUAUUAAUAAUAUUGUAAUUUUAAUACAUUUCAGGUUCAUUUAAUGAUAAAAUAUUAAUUAUAUA